AUGGCGACGGAGAAUCAUUCCUUUGAGCUCGCCAAAGGCAUCAAUGGCCUCGGCAAAAUCGUCCUCCGCGAGUCUCGCAGCCGCUCCGCCGAGGUAUACUUGUAUGGUGGUCAUGUGACUUCGUGGAAGAAUGAGAACGGAGAAGAGUUGCUUUACCUCAGCAGCAAGGCUAUAUUCAAGCCUCCAAAACCAAUCCGUGGAGGGAUUCCCCUUUGCUUUCCACAAUUCAGUAACCUUGGUACACUCGAAUCACAUGGAUUCGCUAGAAACAGGAUCUGGGAAGUUGAUGCUAGCCCACCUCCUUUGCCAACGAACUCUUCUUCUAAUGCUUUCGUUGACCUGAUCCUGAGGCCAACUGAAGACGAUCUAAAGACAUGGCCUCACAAUUUUGAGUUCCGGAUGAGGGUGAACUUGGGAUCUGAAGGAGAAUUGACACUAACAUCUCGUAUCAGGAACACAAACUCUGAUGGAAAGCCGUUUACAUUCACUUUUGCUUAUCACACCUAUUUCUCUGUCUCUGACAUCAGUGAAGUACGGGUUGAAGGAUUGGAGACGCUGGACUAUCUAGACAACUUAAAGAGCAGAGAACGUUUUACGGAGCAAGGAGAUGCUAUUACUUUUGAAUCUGAAAUUGACAAGAUAUACCUAAGCACUCCUACAAAGAUUGCUAUUUUGGACCACGAGAAAAAGAGAACCUUCGUUGUACGCAAGGACGGGCUUGCUGAUGCAGUGGUGUGGAAUCCUUGGGAUAAGAAGUCAAAGACAAUAUCAGACUUGGGAGAUGAAGACUAUAAGCAUAUGUUAUGUGUUGAAGCUGCAGCUGUGGAAAGACCGAUCACAUUAAAACCGGGUGAAGAAUGGAAGGGAAGACUCGAGCUCUCUGCGGUUCCUUCUAGUUACUCCAGUGGACAGCUUGACCCCAAGAAAGUCCUCCAAUGA